AAAAACUCCCAAAUCAGUCAGUCAGUGCAGACGGGGCAUUCCUUCGCAUCGGCUGUGUUACCACAUCACUUAUCGUACCCAUAGCAACCGAGGGUAGCUCUGAUUGUCAGCUGUUCUAGUCUUGUGUGGUAUCUAUCUGCUUUUAUCAGGUGGUGGUGACUGACUUCUCGGUCUGGUUAGUUUGCUUCAUUCACAAAGGCAGUCAGUUCAGUGCAUUUUUAUUCAUAACACCACUAUGCUUUCGAAAUCGAUUGACAGGUCGAUUCUUCGACUAUACUCAUUUGCUAAUAGUGUUCCAAAGGCUAACAAUCGUGCGAUAAUACCUGCUUUCAGAGCAUACUCUCAGAAUGCGGAAAGGCAGUACGAUAUUGUGGUGGUUGGAGGCGGAAUCGUCGGAAUGGCCUCAGCUAGAGAGAUAUUGAUGCGCCACCCGUCCCUGAAGGUGGCAGUAGUUGAGAAGGAACAUAAAUUGGCCUUCCACCAAAGUGGUCACAACAGUGGAGUAAUACAUGCUGGAAUAUACUACAAACCGGGAUCGCUGAAGGCAAAGUUGUGUGUUGAUGGUCUGCAUUUGAGCUAUAAAUACUUCGAUGAAAAGAACGUCCCAUAUAAGAAAGUGGGCAAAUUAAUUGUAGCAACAAACGAGGUUGAAGUGGGACGAUUGAACGACCUUUACAAACGUUCCCUCGCCAAUAACGUGCCUGACGUGGAGCUGGUCGAUGCGAAGCGAAUCAAAGAAAUCGAACCAUACUGUGAGGGUUUGAAAGCAAUUUGGUCGCCACAUACGGGAAUCGUCGACUGGGAGCUGGUAACGCAAUACUAUGCAAAGGACUUCAAGCAAGCAGGGGGUGACAUUCAUCUCAACUUUGAAGUAUCGAAGUUCGAAGAAACGAAAGAUCCCGACCAUCCGAUCACGGUUAAGGGUAAAAAGAAUGAAGUUGUCCAAUCGAAGUACAUCCUUACCUGCGGUGGGCUGCAAUCAGAUAAGGUUGCUGAGUUGACAGGAUGUUCAUCGCUUCCAAAGAUCGUUCCCUUCCGAGGUGAAUAUUUGCUUCUGAAUCAGGACAAAUGUCACAUGGUCAAUGGAAACAUAUAUCCCGUGCCCGAUCCAAGGUUCCCUUUCUUGGGUGUUCAUUUCACUCCACGAAUGGAUGGAAGUGUUUGGUUGGGACCAAAUGCGGUGCUGGCUUUUAAGAGAGAGGGUUACAAGUGGAGUGACAUCAACGUGUUAGAGCUGAUCGAUGCCCUGAAGUUUCCUGGCUUUAUCAAGAUGGCAUUCAAGUACGUUGGAGCAGGAAUGCAAGAAGUUGCUAGAUCAGCUUUCAUUCCGCUUCAGGUGAAAGAAUUGCAAAAGUUUAUCCCUGAUAUCCAGGAGUACGACGUCCAACGAGGACCAGCUGGAGUGCGAGCGCAAGCCUUGGAUAUGGAUGGCAAUCUAGUCGACGAUUUUGUGUUCGAUCACGGUAAAGGAGACAAUGCUUUGGCGAAGAAUAUCUUGCACUGCCGAAAUGCACCGUCACCAGGUGCAACUAGUUCCCUAGCGAUCGCCAAGAUGAUUGCUGACAAAAUAGAAAUUCAAUUUAAUCUUAAGUAAGUUUUUGAAGAUUGGUGCUUCUGUUGACUGAUUAUAAAUCGGGUAUUUUUC